UGUCAUCUUGAUUUGUCAUUAUACAAUAAACAAUUUGAUGUAGAAUUAAUGUUUCCUUGGAGAUUUGGGGAAGUUGUUUACAAGGUGGGUUGAAUUAUCCUGUAUUUAAAAAUAAAGAUAUUCUAUAAUAGCGAUUAAUUUGCAACGAGCAAUAUGCAAAGUCAAAAUUUUAAACGUAGGACUACUUUAACAACAUUACCAGCAAUAGAAACCAUACAGAGAAAUGUAAAGAAGGUUCCGACCUAUCAUAGCAGAAAACCUAGAGACAUACCAUUUCACUUACCUCACAAGAAGCUCAUUGAUAGAAUAGAGUAUGUAGAAAAAGAACCAGAACCUUUGACUGGCUUUGCUGCUGCACAAGCAAAUAGAUUUCUAAAUGAGAGGAAAAGUGGCAAACUACAAUUGGAGCCUAUAAAAACUGAUAAUGGUAAAAAAAAGAAGGCCAUUACUAUUAGGGAAUCUCGGAGUAGUGUGUGUGAGGAUAAUAGAGAACAAACUACAGAUCCAUUGAAAAUUAAACCUGAAGUAGCUUCUCAGAAGGAAGUAAUAGACUAUGUACGAAAUAAGCCCUCAUGUGGUUUCUUGUACAUGAUAUAUGCAGUGCACCCCCAAAAUGUGUAUUUCACACCAUAUUAUCUCAAGGUAGUUCCAUAUGAGGAAAUAGACAAAAAAAAUUAUUUGACCAUUAGCCCUUGCGGAGUGACACAUUACACAAAUGAAAUGGUUUUCACAAAACUACCAGAAUGGGAACAGGAAUACACAAUAUUUGUGCAACUUACAAAUAUAAAAUUUUUUCGUGUGUACCGUUAUUGGAAAGCAUUUUAUGUUUGGCGGAAAUCAAUUGUGUUUCGUAAGUAUAAUAAAACACGGAACAAGAUUGCCAAGAAACUGUUCAUCCUUACACCAGUUCUGGGCAAAGCAUUGCUUAGCAUUCAGGCAAUGUGUUGCGAUAUGUAUAUGAAGUCAUUUGCUGAUGUGUCAAGAGAUAUGGACACUGCUUUCUUCUACUUCAUUGAAGUGCAGAUGAAACGUAUGGAAUUCAUAAGGGACAAGUUAAUUGCCUUUAGAUCGAUAGUUCUUGAAGUGAUUACCACUGCCUGCCAUGCAGCACUCUACCAACAGGGUUUCACCUUUGAUGACAGGAAUAUUCCACCUUUCCAAAUCAUUAGAGGGAAGCCCACAGGAGGGAUGUCCUAUACCGAAAAAGCUAAUAAGCGGAAAUACUGCGAGAGACUUGCUAGCUUUAUAAAACUUUCGGAUUAUAUGACCAAUUAUAUGCUACACCGUCUGACGAAGCGUUCCAAUAAGAUAAUGGCCUCUAUGUUACGCAUCCACAAGGAAUUCACACCGUCGCUUGAGCUUCUAUCCGGAAAUGAACUGGAUGAAGUACUGGAAGUGGUGCCACGGCCAACCGACACCUGCAAGUGGGCACUUUUCCAACUCGACGCAUAUGUUCUUCCAUCUGGCGAAGUGGAACUAAAUCCAAGUGAAAAAGUGGUAUCUAGUUUUAUGCAAAAAAUCGCUAACUAUUGGGACGAAUACGUAAGGACUUUCCACAAUUUCCUCAAUGAGGAAACUUUGCAAAUAUUCGUACAGCCAACAGUCAUGGGAAAACAAGUUGAAUGGUCUGCGGGAGAGUCGCCAAACUUAUACUUUUUAAUGAACCAAGAUAAAAAAAUGUUGAGUGAUAUUACUUUUAUACCCGAGUGUAUUCACCAAGCCUUUAGAAAUGUCUGGAUUUUCUUGGAUAGAAUGGAUGUGUUCAUGAAGAACUUCAAGGAAGCUCACGAGAUGGACGUUGAACUAAUUAAAAGUGAACGCGAUGUAAACGAGUUUAGGUUAUUAUGUAAUAAAUUGGUUAAGCAAAUGGAAGAUAUUGAAGAGGUUGUUAGUUAUCAACCACUUGGAAUAAUCUUCCUAAAUCUAUGUCCCUUCCAAGAGCUUUUCAGGCCACAACCGAGACGGCUGUUCGACGUUGUAAAUUGUAUUACUCCGGAUAUCGGUCACGAUUGUAUAGAAGAAAUCCUAAAUGGCAUCGAAUGUAUCACCAAUGACAUCACCAAAGAGCCAGAGAGCGCUGGAGAACUGGUCGCUUUUAACUUCUUAAUGGACGGGCUCGAGGGACGGGUGGCUUUCUUAGAGGAGAGACUUGAGUACCUGCGAGAGUUAUACGACCUAAUGGGGGAGUUCAAUAUUGGUAUUCCACCAGAAGAUAUGAAUGAAUUCUUAGGUCUCAGCGUGGUGCUGGGAACUCUCCGCACAAACGUAGAUGCGAUACUUGAAACGCGAAGUAAACUAGCCGGCAUGUUCGCUAGCCAAAUUGGUAAAGAUAUCAUGGAACUGAUUCUGGACGUGAACAAACUUAGAGAAGAAAUUGCUAAACCAUGGCUUUAUGACGAAAAAUCGGAUAUGGAAAAAGUAGUAGAGACUCUCGACGAUCUGAUGGAUAAAUUGAACGGAUUCUCUGCCAGGGACAAGCAAAUACGAGAAUGGCAAAAGAUAUUUAAGAUACCCCCCGCACGAUUGGAUCAAUUGGAUGAAGCCAUAACGGAUGUAAAACUGAGACAACUUUUAUGGAAAUCAGCUAAAGAAUGGAACGAUUCUUACGCGUCCUGGUAUGAACUACCCUUUAACACUUUGGAUAUGGAUGAUAUACAGACAACUACAUUAAAUUUCGGGAAAGUAUUCAAUCAGUUGGACAAGGGACUGCCGCCUAACAAAAUCGUUCCUGGUUGUAAAGAAACUAUUGAUAUCAUCAAGGAUAAGUUACCAGUGAUGUCGUAUCUGCGCAACCCGGCAUUGAAGCCGCGUCAUUGGGUGAAGAUUGAGGAGAUAUUGAAGACGAGAUUCACACCAGAUAUGGUGGUCACACUCGGACUUCUGGAGGAGUUGCAAGCCUUCCAACACGCUGAGGAGUUGAUGGAAGUGGCGGGACAGGCUAGUUCCGAAGCGGGUCUGGAGGCGCUUCUGAAGAAGGUUGAAGAAAUAUGGGCCACAUUGGAAUUCCCAGUAAUUUUACACAAGGACGCUCGCGAUGUGUACGUCCUGGGUGGUCUGGAUGAGAUACAGGCGGCUGUUGACGAGAGUAACAUCCACGUCAGUACCAUACUGAGCUCAAGGAAUUGCGGACCGAUUAAGAGCAGAGUGGAAGAAUGGGCUAAAAAUUUGGAUUUGUUCUCAAAAACUCUAGAAGAAUGGUAUCUUUGCCAGCAGACGUGGAUAUACUUGGAAGUAAUUUUCUCAGCGCCAGAUAUCCAGAGACAGCUGCCCAAUGAGACCAGGCUUUUUACGAUUGUAGAUAAAUCGUGGAAAGAUAUCAUGCGAAAACUUGCUAAGGUUCCAUUAGCCAUGCCCGCGGCGACACAACCAAAGUUGUAUGAAGAGUUUGUUCGCAAUAACGAAAUGCUUGACCAAAUUAUGAAAUGUCUUGAAGCGUAUCUAGAAACGAAGAGAGUCGCUUUCCCCAGAUUCUUUUUCCUGUCGAAUGAUGAACUACUUGAAAUUCUGGCACAAACCCGUAAUCCUCACGCAGUUCAGCCACACUUACGUAAAUGUUUCGAUGCAAUCGCCAAAUUGGAGUUUGGGGUUAAACUGCCGGAGAGUGAGAUGGAGAUAACGGAAGACGGGACGUUGGUGGAGAAAGAGAUGUCAUUCAACACUCGUGACGCACUACAAGCAAAGCUGGCAAAAACAGCCAAACAAGAAGAUUUGACCACUGACAUAAUAGCAAUGCUCUCACCGGAAGGAGAAAGAAUAAAUUUAGGAAAGGGACUGAAAGCACGCGGUAAUGUAGAAGACUGGCUGGGCAAAGUAGAGGAGGCGAUGUUCGCAUCCGUUAAACGUUGCAUGAAAUUUGCUUUACGAGAUUAUUUGGUACGACCACGAGUGGAUUGGGUCACCUUGCAUCCUAACCAGAUAGUAUUAACCGUAUCACAAAUUAUGUGGGCGAAGGGUGUCCAUGAAAUAUUAGCGUUAGAUUUACCACUACGUAUAGACACCGGUCUGAUAAAUUACGAGAAGAAAUGUAUAUCCGACUUAAAUGAUCUGGCCGCCCUAACAAGGAAGGACCUGAGCUCCUUAUUCCGCAAGGUUCUAUGCGCUCUCAUUACAGUUGAUGUUCACGCACGAGACACGAUCACUCACAUGGUUGAGAAGCAUGUACAAAAAGCUGAUGAUUUCGAAUGGCUUAAAAUGAUCCGUUACUACUGGGAAGAAGAUAUCGAUAACUGUGUGGCUCGGAUGUCAAGCGCCAUGUAUAUUUACGGCCAUGAGUAUCUUGGAGCUGGAGGUGUGCUAGUUAUAACGCCCUUGACGGAUCGAUGCUAUCUAUGUCUGAUGGGCGCGCUUCAGCUGGACCUGGGCGGAGCUCCAGCGGGUCCUGCUGGCACUGGCAAGACAGAAACAACCAAAGACCUGGCCAAGUCGCUCGCCAUACAGUGCGUCGUAUUUAAUUGCUCAGAGGGUUUGGAUUACAAAAUGAUGGGCCGCUUCUUCUCUGGUUUGGCCACGUCGGGGGCAUGGUGUUGUUUCGACGAGUUCAAUAGAAUUGAUAUAGAAGUGUUAUCAGUAAUCGCGCAACAACUCAUUACUAUAAGGAAUGCAAAGGUUGCCAAACAAUCCAGGUUUAUGUUCGAAGGUCGUGAGAUUAAACUCGUUCGAACUUGCGCUGCAUUUAUUACAAUGAAUCCGGGCUAUGCUGGCAGGACAGAACUCCCUGAUAACUUGAAAGCUCUAUUUCGACCCAUCUCCAUGAUGGUACCCGAUUAUGCUUUAAUAGCUGAAGUCAUUCUAUACUCUGAGGGUUUCGAGUCCUCGAAGGGUCUGGCCAAAAAAAUGGUGCAAAUGUAUAAAUUAUCAAGCGAACAGUUAUCCAAGCAAGACCAUUACGACUUUGGGAUGAGGGCUGUCAAGAGUGUGUUGGUAAUGGCGGGUGCUUUGAAACGCGCCAGUCCUGACCAGCACGAAGAGAAAACUCUGCUCUGUGCAUUGAAUGACAGUAACCUGCCUAAAUUCCUGGCUGCAGACGCUAUUCUAUUCGCCGGGAUAUUGUCAGAUUUGUUCCCUGGAGUUGAUCUACCUGAAAGGGAUUACGGUGUCAUGGUUGAAGUUAUAACUGAUAUACUGCUGGAGAGGAAGCUGCAGGUAAUGACGUGUCAGAUCAGGAAGGUGAUCCAGCUUCACGAAACUAUGAUAGUGAGGUGGGGCGUGAUGCUUGUUGGACCGACGGGUGGAGGGAAAACGGUCGUACUUCAUGUGCUGGGUGACACUUACACUCGUCUGUACGAAUACGGUGUCGUGGGUCCCCAGUAUCAACUAGUACACAAAUAUAUAAUGAAUCCAAAAAGUCUAACCAUCGGGGAACUAUACGGCGAGGUGAAUUUACAAACACUUGAGUGGCACGACGGCAUACUGCCUCUGUCACUGAGAACCGCUGUGCAGUUCGAGACUCCUGACCACCAAUGGCUGAUCUGCGACGGUCCGGUGGAUGCUGUGUGGAUAGAGAACAUGAACACGGUCCUGGAUGACAAUAAAAUGCUGUGUCUCUCAAACUCUGAGAGAAUCAAGCUCACACCUUACGUACAUAUGGUGUUCGAGGUGGCAGACUUGGCGCAGGCUUCGCCGGCGACUGUUUCUCGUUGUGGUAUGGUGUACAUAGAUCCCGACGAGAUGGGCUAUUUACCAUACGUACGUUCCUGGCUGGAAGCUGCAGUGGACAAAAACCUCGUUAAUCAAGAAAACUCUGAGUUUCUGUACGAAUUGUUCAAAAUGUUGGAGGUGGGAUUCAUUCAUGUUAACACUAAGUGCAGUGUGGGAAUCAAACAGGUGGACAUAAGUAAAGUGUCAGCACUGUGUGUCCUACUGGGCGCUUUGCUUGGAGAACCUGGUGAUAGGUUUUCGGAUAAAUCAGCAGUUAAAAUUUAUAUAGCGCAUUGUUUUAUAUUCUGCUAUGUGUGGAGCAUUGGUGGUAACAUUCUUGAAGUCAACAGAAAGACCUUCGAGGAGAUCAUUAAAAGGCAGUUUGAAACCUUCGAAGAGGCUGAAUACUUUCCCCAAGGCUUCAAUUUCUUUGAUAUGUAUAUGGAUACGCGUCAUCGUAAACUGAAGGUGUGGGCGGAGAUCAUUCCCGAGUUUAUCUAUGACUGCAAUCGACCUUUCUUCGAGACUCUAGUACCAACGAUCGAUACAGUAAGAUAUGGAUACUUAUUCGAGAAGCUUCUGACUGCUGGGAAACCAGUUAUGUUCACUGGAAACACUGGUGUUGGAAAAACAGUGGUAGCAGCGGAGGUUCUCAAGAAAAUGUCCACAACUGGCACCUUUAUUCCCGUAAUGCUGAAUUUCUCAGCUCAAACGAGUAGUAUACGUACUCAAGAAGUUAUAGAGUUACGUUUGGACAAGCGUCCCAGGAAAGCGAUCGGUGCGCCGCUAGGAAAGAAGAUCAUUAUAUUUAUUGAUGACGUCAACAUGCCGCGUCUUGAUGUCUAUGGAGCUCAACCUACCAUUGAACUUCUACGUCAGUAUCUGGACUUUGGCGGGGUGUAUGACCGAGACAAGCUGUACUGGAAGGAUAUACUGGACGUGGUGCUGUCGUGUGCGUGCGCACCGCCCGGUGGUGGAAGAAACCCACUCACCGGUCGCUUCGUGCGACACUUCGCUAUGUUCUUUAUAUCCGCACCAAACGCUGAGGCUAUGAAAACCAUAUUUAAGGCAAUUCUAAACGGUCACAUGGAAGACUUCGUUUCUGAAGUAUCGGUACUCGGAGAACCCAUAGUCAAUGCAGCUGUAGAAGUGUACCUGAAGAUUUGUGCGGAAUUGUUGCCAACGCCUGCCAAGUCGCAUUACGUAUUUAAUUUGAGAGAUCUAUCUAAAUCAAUGCAGGGAGUGUUACAAGCAAACGCCGCUUACAUGAGACUUCCUCAAGGGAUGCUUAGGCUCUUCUAUCACGAAUGUUUGCGAGUAUUUCACGAUCGUCUUAUCAAUAUUGAAGACAAGAGUUACUUCUACCAUCUCAUGAGCACCGUCUGCCAGAAGUACUUUCAGCAUCCGAUCCUGGAAAUACCGGACACUCCUAUCAUAGAGAACCCACCGUUGCUGCUUUUCGGUGAUUUCCUCAACUCGGCCGUACCCAAAGAAAACAGGAUUUACCAGGAAAUACCUGACAUAGAUAAAUUAAUGGUUGUCUUAAAGGAAUAUUUAGAGGAGUAUAAUUCUACGGCUCGCGCUGAGAUGCACCUGGUGUUGUUCCGCGACGCUGUGGAGCACGUCGUCCGUGUGGCAAGGGUCCUGCGGGCGGAGCGUGGGCACUGUCUGAUGGUUGGCACCGGAGGCUCCGGCAGACGUUCCGUGGCCACCCUGGCUGGACAUGUCAAUGAGUGCAAAUGUAUGGGUAUGGAGUUAAAGCGCAACUACGAUACUCCAGAAUUCCACGACGAUCUCCGUAACAUGUACAUGCGUGCCGGCGUCUCUGGCGACGAUACUGUCUUCCUGUUUACAGAUACACAAAUCACCAAGGAAGAGUUCCUCGAGGACAUCAAUAAUAUGCUCAACUCAGGUGAAGUACCGAAUCUGUUUGAAGGCGACACUUAUGAACAAGUUCAAACGGGUUGUCGAAAUGAAGCUGCAAAAGCAGGAAUAAAUCCAGGAGAUAGAGACGCCGUUUAUUAUUACUUCAUUAACAAGGUGCGGGGGAAGCUGCAUCUAUGUAUAUGUAUGAGCCCAGUUGGAGAGGCGUUCAGACGUCGCUGUCGCAUGUUUCCCUCCCUGGUAAACUGUUGUACCAUAGAUUGGUUCACAAAGUGGCCGCCAGAGGCUCUGCGGUCUGUGGCACAACAGUGUUUGCAGCCGCUUGGUGAUGAAAAAAUUAUCAAUAUGAUAUCUACGCUGGCCGUUUCCAUGCAUCAGGACGUGGAUGUGAUGACUGAGCGGUUGUUUGAAGAGAUGAGGCGCUAUUUCUAUUCUACUCCUAGCAGCUACCUCGAUCUACUUAAAUUGUACCUGUCUUUAUUGGAUAAGAAGCAACAAGAAAUUAUACGGGGAAGAGAUAGAAUUUCCUGCGGAUUACAGAAAUUGUACGAAACCUACGAAGUUGUUGGUGUUAUGGAACAGCAAGUGCGUGAAAUGGAACCUGUCCUUGCUAAAAAAGCUGAGGAGGGCAUGGCACUGGUGGCUCGGCUUAAAAUUGAACAGAAGGCCGCUGAUGAAGUCAAGCAAGCUGUGAUGAAGGAUGAAGCUGAGGCUAAAAUAAAAGCAGAAGAAGUAAGGCAAAUAGCCGAUGAGGCAAAGGCGGACUUAGCGCUGGCGAUGCCAGCGAUGGAGGCGGCACAGAACGCUUUGAAGGCACUUAACAAAGCAGAUAUUAAUGAAUUAAAAGCUUUCCAGAAACCACCCGCUCUAGUGCGCUUUGUUAUGGAACCGGUUUGCAUUCUUCUUGGUGCUAAACCAGACUGGGAUUCUACAAAAAAACUACUGGCCGACGUUAACUUUAUUCGUAAUUUAGAAGAAUACGACAAAGAUCAUAUUCCAGAUGCAUUGCUGAAAAAAAUUAAAACUUAUUUGACACAUAAGGAUUUCAAUCCCGAUACAGUGGUCAAAGUGUCCAAGGUUUGUCGAUCUAUGGUACUGUGGGUUCAAGCUAUUGAUAUGUAUGCAAAAGUUUUUAGGGUUGUGGAACCGAAGAUUCUUAAACAUAAAGAAGCAGCUGCUAUAUUAAAAAGUGUAAUGGCAGUUUUGAGAGCGAAACAGAAAGAGGUUGAAGCCAUCGAAGCUAUGUUAGCGAAAAUGAUGGACGAGUUAAAGGUUGUAGAAGAGGAACGUAUCAAAUUACAAGCAGAUGUCGACUUAGCUGCAGCGAGGUUGUCUCGAGCUGGGAAACUGACCCAGGCACUCGCUGACGAGAAGACUAGGUGGGAAGAAGGUGUCAAGGCAGCGACUUUUAAACUUCACUGUACUACGGGCGAUAUUAUAAUAGCGUCAGGCUGUAUCGCUUACUUCGGAGCCUUCCCUUCUAAUUACAGGCGAGAACUAGAGAAUAAAUGGGUCGAUCAGUGUCGGGAACUGGAAAUACCGUCUUCAGAAUCAUUUGACCUGAUAUCAAUAAUGGCGGACUCUUACACGGUGCGUACAUGGAACGCUCAAGGGCUGCCUCGAGACGCGAUAUCCACUGAGAACGGCAUAUUAGUGACACGCGCGGGAAGAUGGCCGCUCACUAUCGAUCCCCAGGAACAGGCCAACAGGUGGAUAAAGAACAUGGAACGUAAUAACGGCUUACAGAUUACAAAGUUAAAUGAUGCUGCAUAUUUGAGGAUGCUGGAAAAUUGUAUACGUCUAGGUUGGCCCAUGCUCAUAGAAGAUCUUGGGGAAACCUUGGAAGCAACGCUAUCUCCUGUUUUGCUCAAACAGACUUUCAUUCAGGCCGGUCGUCUUCUUAUUCAUCUUGGUGAUAGUGACAUCGAAUAUGACACGAAUUUCCGCCUGUACCUCACCACGAAACUCGCAAAUCCACAUUACUUACCAGAAAUCUGCAUACAAGUGACCCUUGUCAACUUUACUGUGACACUUUCGGGCCUGGAAGACCAAUUGUUGGCGGAUGUGGUGCGUUUGGAACGACCUGACUUAGAAUUGCAGCGGUCAGAAUUGAUAGUACGAAUUAAUGCUGAUAAAGCAUCGUUGUUGGAAAUAGAGGAUAAGAUUUUACGGUUAUUAUACGCGUCUUCUGGAAACAUCCUUGAUGACGAGGAACUAAUCGAAACUUUGAACGAGAGUAAGGAAACAUCAGAGAUAAUAAACGCUCGGUUGGAGGAAACUGAAAAGACGGAGGUGAGCAUAUCAGCUGCGAGGGAGAAGUACCGUACUGUGGCGACACGUGGUGCUGUCUUGUACUUCGCGGUCGCUCAGCUGGCUGACAUCGAUCCCAUGUACCAGUUCUCGCUCAAGUAUUUCAACCAGGUUUUCAACUUGGUUAUAGAGAAGAGUGAAAAGAGCGAUGUAUUGGAGACCCGCCUCGAGAUAUUGCUCCGUGAGAUUACACUUUCCGUAUACCGCAACGUGUCGCGGGGUCUUUUUGAACGACACAAACUGGUUUUCAGUUUUUUAUUGAACAUGGCUGUGUUCCUACACGCCGGUUUAGUCAGACACGACCAAUGUGACUUCAUACUCAGAGGACCUGCUGGCACUAAAGUGGUGCCACCAAAGAAACCUCUGGUGGAAAGUCUAACGGAGCAGAUGUGGUUGGCCGUGAAUCACUUACAAGAAACUGAUCCCAGCUUCGAGAACCUCGUGAGGGACUGUCAGCGACGGAUACCAAUCAAGCUUGGCACAUUUUCGCUGGAGAUUCACGUUAACAAAAAUGAUAAAAACCCAGCAGUAGUGAACUGGGACGAACAUCUGAAUGCCUUUGAGAAAUUAAUGUUAAUAAAAUGUUUAAAAGAAGAGAAGCUUGUGUUCGCUAUAGCUCAGUACGUGAGCACGAGCCUCGGCUCCGUGUUCAUAGAGAGUCCUACGGUUCAACUGAACACCCUAUACGCUGACACAACUUGUUCUAUACCUUUGGUAUUUGUGCUAAGUACCGGAUCUGAUCCAUUUGGAGCGUUUCAAAAAUUUGCUACUGAAAUGGGAAUGAGAGAUAGAGUUCACUCAAUAUCACUCGGUCAGGGCCAAGGACCGGUUGCAGAGAAAAUGAUAAACGCUGCCAAACCCAAAGGAGAUUGGGUAUUUUUGCAGAAUUGUCAUCUAGCAGCUUCCUGGAUGUUGAGUCUUGAACUAAUAGUUGCUAAUAUGGGCAGUGAUCAAACUGGCUUGCAUCCAGAUUUUCGACUUUAUCUUAGUUCAAUGCCUACACCGAAAUUUCCUGUUUCCGUACUACAAAAUUCAGUGAAAGUUACUAACGAGCCACCCAAAGGUUUAAAAGCGAACGUGAAAAGAGCGCUGAUAGAAAUGGAAGAAGACUUUUUUGAAAAUCACGUCCUGGGGCAAGAUUGGCGAACGAUGCUAUUCGGUGUCUGCAUGUUCCAUGCUAUUAUUCAAGAAAGAAAGAAGUUCGGUCCACUUGGUUGGAAUAUCACAUAUGAGUUUAAUAAUAGCGACCGGGAAUGUGCUUUACUGAAUUUGCAAAUGUUCUGCGAGGCUGGUCACAUACCAUGGGAUGCUUUGGAGUAUAUUACGAGUCAGAUCACAUACGGUGGGCGAGUCACGGACAUGUGGGACCAGAGAUGUCUUACCACCAUUCUCAAGCUGUUCUUUUCGCCUCCUACUUUGGAAGACGAUUACACUUAUUCACCUUCACGUAUAUAUUACUGUCCCAGACUUGAAAAGUUACAAGACGUUCGUGAUUAUAUCGAUACAUUGCCAGUCAUAGAAGAUCCUGAAAUUUUUGGUAUGCAUGAGAAUGCCAAUAUCGCCUAUGAGAAUAAAGAAACUAGUACCCUCAUCCGGACGAUAGUAGACGUUCAACCUCGCACAGGAGGAGGAGGUGGAGGAGAUACACCAGAUCAGAUCGUAUGGCGUAUUUGUGAUCAGACGAGAGCCGUUGUCGUCAGGAAGGUGGACAGAAACCUCAUCAACCCCGAACUCAUGAUCCCAGAUGACAUGGGACAAUUACACUCGCUCUCAACCGUCCUACUACACGAGACUGACAGAUUCAACACUCUUCUAGCACUUAUCCAUUCAUCACUUACUGAAUUGCAAAAGGCUAUUAAGGGCGUGGUUGUGAUGUCAGAAGCAUACGAGGAAGUAUUUAAUUCCUUCCUCAAUAAUAAGGUACCAGAGAUGUGGCACCGCAAAGGAUACAAUUCCCUUAAGUCGUUGGGCAGCUGGAUACAUGACCUCACAUUGCGGAUCGACUUUAUAGAGAGAUGGUUGAUUGACGGCGGCGCUCCCAGUAGCUGGGUGUCGGGUCUGUUCUUCCCUCAAGGCUUGUUGACGGGUUCUCUUCAGGCGUACGCGAGACGAUACAGGGUUCCCAUAGACGCGCUCAUGUUCGAUUUCGAACCAACCUCGAUAUUUCUAUCCCAAGAGGAUGUUUACAAACAGAAUAAGAAGAAGACCAAAGAUGAUGAGGCGAAUGUGUUCGGUUCGUUGGAGAAGCCUGAAGACGGUGUGAACAUUCACGGACUAUUCAUAGACGCUGGUCGAUGGGACGUAGCUCACAACUGCCUCUCAGACGCUUUGCCAGGUCAGAUGAACCCAUCUCUGCCCGUGGUGUGGUUCAAGCCUGUUUUGUCGCUACCAAAACCUGACCCUCGUUACGAGGCGCCUCUUUAUAAGACCUCUGAACGAGCCGGGGUUCUAUCCACCACUGGUCACAGCACUAACUUUGUCCUGCCGGUUCUGUUACCAGCCGACAAGCCCUCCGAGUUCUGGAUCAUCAGAGGCACGGCGCUGCUCACACAAAUCACCGACUGAACUUUUAUUUAUUUAGAAUAUGUUUAUAAUCUUGUAGUUGUAUUUUUUUAUUAUUUAUAUAUCAUUGUCAGUGUUUUUCUAGAAGUUUGGUUUGUUGUAAUAUUAUUAAUAGGAAUAAUUGUGAUA